AUGAGAUCAUGGGCCUCACGCACACUGCCCCAUAAAAAUCACAACACCAAUCCAACACACCAACGCCAAUAUCCUACGCACGUCGAGAGUCCAAUAGGCAUAACACCACGCGCCAUUGUAUAUUCAACGCAACGGGCCUUGACAGAGAAAUUCCUGCAUAAAAGUUCAAGGGGAGCCAUUGUUGUUGGACAAACGAACGGAUUUACUGCGCCGAUGUACUUUUACCGUCGUCUUGUCGGCUUCCUUUUGAGAACUUUCUCUUGCACGAGAGCUCCUAAAGGAACAAAGCCGUUCCCUUUCAGCCGGCGCUUGGAAACCAUCGUAGCAAAUCAAUACUGCCGGCCCGAGAGUUUAGAGCGAGGUCUUGAGAGGUCUUCGGUUCGAUGCUCGGCCUUAGCCUACUUGAGUGACGUGAAGGGGCCUGAGCUUUGCCUCUACCCCCCCCCCCCCCCCCCCCCUCCAGCCGACGUCCCCAACCACGCCGUGUGGUUCUCAGCGAUCGAGGCACUUGAGUGGAAUAAGGUCAACAGGGUCACCAUGAGUUUUAGUAAUGAAUACGGA